UUAGAUGCAAGAAACCAGAGAAUGGUUUGUGAGCAACAUAAGUCACAGCACUUUAGUUCUUCAAGCAUCUGUUUUUGAUUUGGAAGAGUCAAUGGAUUCAAAAUAAUCCUUGAUCAUCGGUGUAACAGAUGGUAAAUGGAAUUUUGGCUUUCGUAAGUAGCUUAAAUACGCUCUUCUUGGCCGCUUACCCAAACCAUUCUGGUUAAUGACGAGAAUCUCCUUGACACUUGGAGAAAAUACUUUAAAACCGGCCUCCACGUACGUAUCGAGGAUUUUGUUUCGAAGAAGAAUGGAAGUUUGAGGGCCCCGUCGCCGGAUCUUCAUUAAGUAUCCGGCAAAACUUGUAGUGCGAGGAUCUUUAGAACCGUUAACAUACGACCGAACCAUUAAAACAGCACCUGGACGUAUACGGUCGGGAUUAUUUUUGGCAAACAUGCGAGCAUUCUUAUUUUCCGUCUCCAAUUGAGAAACAUGUAAUGCUUCAAUGCAUCUCGUAACAUCCUUCGCCUUUGGCGGGUCCAACGGUUUUGGAAACGGAAACUUGGCAGGUGGAAUUCUUCCUAAUAGCAACUUUUUGGCGCACAGGCGCAAUGUUGGAAACAUUUUAUGUGUGAAGAAAUGUCUUUAUAUACGGGCAAUGACCAACUGAAAGGAUUGGGUAAUUAUCGAUUCACAAAAGAGCAAGGACACGUUAUGAUGAAAGGAAACGGUAAACGAAAUCGUAAAAGUUUCUCCUAUUUUAACAGCAGGUUAUACCCCCCAACAACCAACGUUUCCUACAAGUUUUUGGGAUUUGUGGAGAACGGGUUGUUCUUGUGAGUCUACGCUUCUAUCCUCCACCUUUGGAUCCUCUCUAGAUUGAAAGGGUGCGAUUAAUUCAGUCAAACAUUAAAAACAACCCCUCCUGAGCCCUUUUCCGUUGGUAUACUAGUACACGAUGUCAAAUAUAAAAGUAACAUGUUCAGCCCCUGGAAAGGUAAUGAUUGCCGGAGGCUACAUUGUCCUUGAGUCACAAUAUAGCGGAUUGGUAAUUGGUUUGGAUGCGAAAGGUUAUGCAACUACGACGACUCUUGAAAGUCGACAACUUCAAAUUCACGUGAAAAGUCCCCAGUUUAUUGAUGCUGAAUGGCACUACCAACUGAAUGCGGAGACCAAUCCUAUUUCCGUGAAUCAGAUCUCAGCAAAGGAUGGAAAGCCAACCAAUUGUUCUCCGAACCCUUUUGUUCAAUGUGCAAUUUUCUACACAGUAAACGCUCUCUUCCAUACGGAAACACUGAAAACAAAGUGGAGGGAUCUUAGUAUUGUUAUUGAGAUGGACAAUGCAUACUACAACCAACCAGAGUUGCUCGCUGGUCAGACUGCUUAUCCUCGUUUCAAUCCUCUGCGAUGCAAGAUUGAAAAUGUGAAGAAAACUGGUCUUGGAAGUUCAGCGGCGAUGAUUACUAGUCUUACUGCAUCGCUGUACACGACUAUGCAAACCUUACUGUCGAGUGCUACUGAAGCACCGAAAGAUCUCGACGAACAAACACGCACUCUAAUUCAUAACCUGUCACAGCUUGCACACUGUUCUGCUCAAGGAAAGGUGGGCAGCGGUUUCGACGUUGCUGCUGCUACGUACGGUAGUUGUGUUUACCGCAGAUUCGACACAGCAAUUAUUCAAGAUCUGCUCGUCACUUACAACGACCAACCCAACGACAACACCUUUACCGACCGGUUGUGCAAGGCCGUGAAUCGUCCCUGGACGCGUGUAGUGCCAUUUGUGCUGCCUCGUGAGUGGAAGCUCUUAAUGGGUGACAUUGCAGGCGGAUCACAAACGCCUGGUAUGGUGAAAAAGGUUCUCGCGUGGAAAAAAUCAAAUCCUGAGCAGGGGAAGAAAGACUUUGAUUGUCUCCAUGAUCAACUGAAAACCAUCGCUGCCUGUUUCGAGACUGCCAAUGAGGGCGACACCGAAAAGAAGUUGCGUACGGCAUUCACAACAAUCCGUAAGACGUUACAGCAUAUAACAAAGGUUGCAGUCGUCGACAUCGAGCCCGAGCAGCAAACGAAAAUUCUCGACGCUGUUGAACAAAUACCCGGUGUCCUUGGCACAGGAGUGCCUGGAGCCGGUGGAUUUGAUGCACAAUUUUGCAUCUGCAAGAACGAUCCCUCCGUCGAGAACGCCGUCUACAGUCGUUGGCGUGAACUGAACGUUGUUCCCAUGACUGUCGGCCCCGUUGACAGAGGACUUUCCAUCGAAUGAGGAGAGAAAGAGUUCCUCCCCCAAUACCUAACCGGUCAGUUACGAUCCAACAUAGCCCAGCCCAACCGCAUUCCAUUCUUGCUCCACUACAUCCCAAACCAAAUCCUCCCUCUUCACUCCUAGUCAACUGCUUUCUCUUUCAUUAUUGUCGUCGCUUUCUCCCGUGUCACCGACCGCCCCGUUGUCCUCAUCACUAGGAGAGAGGGAUGCCUGCACAAGCAGUUUCCAGGAAAGCAAUCUCUUGCAGCGAGCGCAGGUUCCAGAAAUGGGCAGAAUGUGUUCAUCGUCCUGGGCCUCUUGCAGAAAGGAGGCUGCCAGACAGGUGGAAUGAGCUAUCAUUCGGCAGUCAGGAAACGGGCAACACAGAAAGAAGCAAGGGAGUAAAAUUGCCCUGACGCAAAUAGAACACUGAGCCUGGACGGACAAUUGAGCCCGUUUUUUUCGUUGAGUGUCGAGCCAACCGGCAUCACCUCCGUAAUCAGCCAAACGAAGCGAUUCAACAUCGUCGAACGAACAAAGCUGGAUGCAGUUGCUCGGUAGCCGCUCCUUCAACCAAAGACGGUGCACAGCAUCGUCAAAGAUGGCAACCCGAAGGCCCCAACGCGACCAGGCUUCGCAACACAGCAUGACACCCAGCGCCCGGACACACGACAACAGUGUUUGUCGCUUGACGCUCACCACCCGGCUGUGCUGUCGGAGGUCGUCGUGACGAGUGCUUUGUGGAUGCUGCCAGACCCAUUCAAAUUGCAAGGCGGCGAUUUUUGUAGGGAAGCCGUGAACGAAGCAGGCGACUUUCCAUGGUCGGCUUCGUUUUGUUUUGUACGCACCGCCCUUGAUUUCACCGUUGUGCUGACGCAGUCUCCUCGCCGGGUCUGGCGUCGACCCAAUAUACACAGAGCGAGAUGCUGCCUUUUCCGAGACCAGCAAGUAGCAGCAGUAGAACAUGCUGCCGCGGUGUGUUAGCGGAUGGCCCAGGGAAUGAGAGAGUAGUGAGGUGCUGCGCGUGCGGUAAGAAGAACAGAGAGGACGUGGUAGAGGACGUUAACCACGAUUAGCGCAUCCCAGCAAACCGAUCCUAACUCGGAGUAACCGCGGCGGCCGACAGCCGCCCACUGGGUGCCGCCGUCUCUCACCGCGUCUCGCCUCCGCCUGGCUUGUUCUCCUGCUCCGUCUGCUGCUGUGGGGGUUGCUGCUCCUGCGGGGGCGGGCCUUGAGUAGCCCAGUUGGGCUGUGUGAGGCAGUACUUCUCGGGCGGCAGGCGGAGGCCGUAGGCCGGAAGGACCUGAGGGAGAGGCUUGCGGUUGCGUUCGUUGGCGAGCUCGAGGAGAAAUUCCUUGGGAGGCGGGCCGGUGAACGAGUGGUUUAUCUGGGAGGCGAUAGCCAGACGGACGUCGUCGACGUUGAUGGCGGCGUUGGUUCCUCGAGCGUGCUCGGCAUACACGUGUGAGUCUUGAAUGAUUUGCUGUGUGUAUCGAUGAGCAAAUGUUAGCAAUUGCAGCGGCACAGACUGGGAGUACGCGGGGACCCCGAGAGAGGUCAUGAUGAGGUGGAUCAGCCGCGCAUCCUUGGGCGUUUUGGAAAAGUCUUCUGUAGGAGAGGACAUGCUGGGAGAGGGAAAGUGGACGAGGAGCAGACUGUGGGGGUCAGUAGACGCGUUGGGCUGCACAGGAAUGCGCUGGAAUGCACUAGCCUGCGUCAAAAUGCGUUAUCCACAUAACGCAGCUCUUUACACAGCGCAAGACUCCCGCAUUGCUCGUUAUUGUUGUUAACGAAGCUCGUUGCACUGCGUUAAACAACACACCACGCCCGCGCUCGUUCACGCUAUCCCGUUUAACGCCCUCCACCGCAGCCCCACUUCCCUCCACCACCCCACCCGGUCGCCCACAUAUCCCAAAACUGGCUAUUACCAUUUAUCCCAAAACCUAAAGAUUGCCAUGUUGUUCGUUGCAGGCGGCUGUCUACUGCAACCGCCGGUUCACAUUCAGAUAGCCCUUGCCCAGACAAGUCAUCUCGAUGUGGCCCGUGUCGAGCUCCUUGAAACGGUACUCGCGGCCAAAGAGCGCCUUGACGUCACGCAAGAACACGACCAGCUGUGACGUAAUGUUGUCGUG